GUCCACUUAGUUAUUUGAACUCAUUGUGACCUUCGGCCGCAUUCGUGUAUUGAGUCGAAAACAUCUUAAAGCUGUGAGGUCAAAGUCAAGCGGAGUUCUGUCCAGAAGACGUCGAACUGCUCAAACCUGUUGUAGUAUUUUCCGUUUCGCCCAGACACGAUGCAAUUCUCUUCUCUUUCGAACGGUAAAGAAUCCUCUUUAAGCUCAAAAGAUGCUUCUGCCCCAGUUACUCUCGAUGUUUCUAUCACUACGGCUGUGAUUCUGGCCACUCUUUCCUCCUUUCUGUUCUUCUUGGCUUGCAUUAUAGUUUUCAUAUAUUUCAAAUGGCGUCUAUGUCGACACGUUGUGGAAACUCGUAUCGGACUUGUGGUCUUUUUCCUCGGAGCGUUACUCACCCUCAUUACAACCCUCAGCUCCUAUGAAGAACAAGAAAUUUAUGCAGUGUAUCGCUUGACUCUCUUGGCCUCAUGCGGAAUUGGAGUGUUGAUGAUAGGUUGUGCAAUGCUUUUCGAGAAUCCUUCCCCUGACAGGCCGCUGGAUGACUACGGCUACGAAAGACUCUCUGUUGGUUAUAUGCACGGUAGCUUGGGAAUGAUCAUCUGGGUCAUAACGAUACCCCUCAGCAUACUAGAGCUCUUCUUCGCCAUUGGAGCUGCUCGGAAAGCACCCAACACAAUGUAUGCUGCUGUGAGGUACACAGCUCUGGCGCAAAAGAUUGUCCAAGCAAGCGUGUACUACUUUAGUCUGCGACACAAGGUUGCUAGAGGAGAUAUGCGCAUGGCGUGUUCGUGGCUUUUCAAGAUAAUCUCCGUCUUUAAUUUUGCUUUUUUUAUCGACUCACUAGUAACGUCAAAUUCUGAUAACGACUUUGUCCUAAGUCUGUUUGGCAAUGGGUUCUCCAUCGUGAAAUCUGCAUAUAAUGCCUUACUCAUUGAUUACAGACUGCUGUGCUGUUUGUUGUUUUUGGAGCAUUCUUUGGAGUUGAUGGAUGUGCGCAUAAACCGACCCAUUGGAGAUAUAUUAUUUAACCCUGAAGCUAGUGAGGCAAUGAUGCAAGAUUCUUUGGCCUCUGCGGUUGUUAAUGUGGAAAUCUCGCAUUCCUCUGGCUAUGGAUAUGUCAUUGGCCUCAUUCUGGUUGCCAUGCAACUGGUAACUGGACUACAGUAUCUUGGAUUUGUGGGAGAGUGGACAAACAUGUUCCCCAUUCUAGCUUGUGGUGUUGUAAUAAUUUUUGGUCUCUUGCUACUCUCUGGAGACACAAGUUUCCCUGAAAACAACAGAGAGAGGAAAUGGCGUGAGACUGAAUCUAAGGCUAUUGAUAUCAUGGUGUGCUUUAUGGGAACCAUUGGCUUUAUCUUCUGGUUCAUGAAAGCUUCCUACUGUGGUCUUUGGGCCUCACAAUACUCAUCAACAACUGACAUUGAGUUUUAUCAGUAUCUCUCUUGGACAACAAUAAAAAACUUUGCUUAUGCAAUUGUAAUCAUCUUUCAGCUUUACUUCUUUGUUAAAAUGGGUCCACAUUUUGGGUGUGACCGUGAAAGCAGUCGUCAGAGGGCAAAACACUUUUACGUCACAACUAUCAUGAUGGCUCUGUUUGCACUGCUCAUAUCACUUGUCAUUGAUGAAUUCAAUGGCCGAGUAGAAAAGCUUCUUGCUGAAGCACACAUCAGCAGCACCAUGUCAAUAUUUUUCCAGGCAGCAGCCCCCAUACAUCUUGGCUUUAGCUUGCACAUGUUUCUGCAUUUCUUCAUUAUGAGCAGAAGAUUGUCUCAGUUUCAGUACAACUGGCAAUAUAACCAGGCAGAAGAACAUCAACAUAGUCAACAGUCCUCAUCAGGGAACACUGGUGGUAACAGUACAUCAUCAAAUGCUGAAACAGGGGAUGAAAGACAGCCACUGAUUUCCCACCCAACGUGAUCUAUAUCACUAAGAUGAUUAACAAAUAUAUUACAUGACUUGCCAUGCUGCGGUUCUGUAAUAGAUAUUAAUGAUGUCAAAUGGGGUAAGAACAAAAAGGUAGGACACAAUGAGCAGUGGAGAGUGUCACUGAUGCUCUUUUUUAUAUUUUUACGUCUUCUGUGAUAUUUUAUUGUACAGACACAGCUAAAUGGAAUCUAUUUGUUUUCUAGCAUAACAAAGCAAAAUGUUAUUAACAGUGAUGUUGUUUAUGCAUCUGUUCUCCAGUAGAUUGUAAGUAAGAUCAAAGCAAAAUGCAUCUUUAAUUCAGCUAAUCAUAUAAUUUACAAUAAAAUGCAUACCUUAAGAUUUCAAUGUUCUAUUUCACCCAAGUUUUCAAGAACUUGAAGUAAAUUGUUUGUACUGUGACCUGAUUCAUCUUGCAAACAAGAGAAGACCUUGUUGAUACCU